AUGGAGGGGCAAAGGGAUCUACACAGCCCGGAGUUGAGUGAAGGGGAGAGCGUUUCUCCUUCUCCUAGUCUGCCUUCACCGCCCAUCCUGCCUCUCCAAGCAGCGCAGCAGGCGCACAGAACCACCAACUUUUUUAUUGACAAUAUUCUACGGCCAGAUUUCGGCUGCAGGAAGGAGCAGGGCUUAGGUGCGAGGGAGAGGUCGCAGACUUCCAGUCGAGAGCGCGCCCACCCUUUGGUCGCGAGACCGACUCAUCCUGGAACGCCAUGCCAGGACUCCAAUUGCAGCAGCGACAGCACUUCUUCCUCCACCUCGUCCUUGGCCUUGUCUCCAACCCCCAAAAAGAGCACCUCGUCCUCGAAAGCCAACGAGAGCUCCGGAGGCAGCACGCCCAAGUUCGGCGAGAACACUUCUCCUGUUAUGGUUGUGAACGGCGUUAGUAGCGGCGCAGCGCCCUCCCCCGAGUCCCAGCCGCUGCUGUGGCCUGCCUGGGUGUAUUGCACUAGAUACUCGGACAGGCCCUCAUCUGGCCCAAGGACACGGAAAUUGAAAAAGACGAAAAACGAAAAGGAAGACAAGCGACCCAGAACGGCGUUCACGGCUGAGCAGCUUCAAAGACUGAAGACGGAGUUCCAGGCCAACCGUUACAUUACGGAGCAGAGGAGACAGUCUCUAGCCCAGGAGCUCAACCUCAAUGAGUCACAAAUCAAAAUCUGGUUCCAGAACAAACGGGCCAAAAUCAAAAAGGCCAACGGCUAUAAGAACGGCCUGGCUCUCCAGCUCAUGGCGCAAGGAUUGUACAACCAUUCCACCACCACCAUUCAGGAAGACAAGGAGGAGAGUGACUGA